CAGAGUACCACCAGGAUGAUCCGCCGCUGCGCCAACGCCGACAACCUUCACUUCACUUUCAUUCUCAUUUAACCCCCACUCUGACCCCCCACCGGCCCCUACGCUACACCCAUGCUUUGCCCUCCUCUUGAGAUGCGACACCGCUGCACGAUUUCCCUGAGAAUACCUUCAUCCUCAGUCGCUCCUCGCUGAUAGAGAGCAUGCCCGACACGGGGACGGCAGCGGCGGGAGCUGCUGCAGCCGGGGCGGCCGCCGGUGGCGCGACCACCUCCGGGGACGGCCCCGAGAGUUCCCGGCACCGACACCGAGCGCCGCAAGGAGACGCAGAGAGGCCGGAUCCGGGCUCGGCUCCGCCACAGACCUCCUCCGGCGUGCUGGAUAAGUUGUUUGGGAAGCGGCUGCUGCAGGCUGGAAGACACAUCAUGUCGCAUAAGUCUUGGAUGAAAACGGUGCCCACAGAGAACUGCGACGUCCUCAUGACAUUUGCAGAUACUACAGAUGACCACACGUUACUAUGGCUACUGAACCACAUCCGACUGGGAAUCCCAGAGCUCAUCAUCCAGAUCCGACAUCAUAAACACACGCGCGUCUACGCAUUCUUCAUCACCGCUACGUAUGAAAAUUUGCUGCGAGGCGCCGAGGAAAUGGGACUGAGGAAAGCAGUGAAGCCCGAGUUUGGCGGAGGAACACGAAGCUUCUCCUGCGAGGAGGACUACAUCUACGAGAACAUCGAGAGCGAGCUGUGCUUCUUCACCUCGCAGGAGAGGCAGAGCAUCAUUAAAUACUGGCUGGACAAUCUACGUGCCAAACAAGGGGAGGUGCUUCAUAACAUCAGCUUCCUGGAAGGCCAGCCAAUCAUCCCGGAGCUGAGUGCGAGAGGUGUGAUCCAGCAGGUGUUCCCUCUCCAUGAGCAGAGGAUCCUCAGCCAGCUGAUGAAGUCUUGGGUCCAGGCUGUUUGUGAGAAGCAGCCGUUAGAUGAUAUCUGUGACUACUUUGGGGUGAAGAUUGCCAUGUAUUUUGCCUGGCUGGGUUUCUACACCACCUCCAUGUUAUAUCCCGCCGUGAUCGGUUUUGUGCUUUGGAUGCUCACCGAGUCCGAUCAGACGAGCCGGGACAUCUGCUGCGUGGUGUUUGCCCUCUUCAAUGUGGUGUGGGCCACCCUGUUUCUGGAGCGGUGGAAGCGGAGGGGGGCGGAGCUGGCGUAUAAGUGGGGAACGCUGGACGCGCCUGCUGAGUCCCUGGAGGAACCACGGCCUCAGUUCCGGGGAAUCAAGCGCUGCAGUCCUAUAACGGGAUGCGAGGAGUUCUACUAUCCUCCGUGGCGGAGGCGUCUAUUCAGGUGGCUGGUCAGCCUGCCCAUCUGUAUCCUCUGUCUCUGUUUUGUCUUCCUGGUCAUGCUCAUCUGCUUUGAGCUGCAGGAGUUUGUGAUGGGGAUCAAGGAAAUGCCUCGGCUGGCUCGCUUCAUCCCCAAAAUCAUGCUCGCUAUCACUGUGACUGCAUGUGAUGAGGUGUACAGGAAAAUCGCCUGCUGGCUCAAUGACAUGGAAAACUAUAGACUCCAGAGUGCCUAUGAGAAAAAUCUCAUCAUCAAAAUGGUUCUUUUUCAGUUUGUAAAUUCCUAUCUCAGCCUUUUUUACAUCGGAUUCUACCUCAAAGACAUGGAGCGCCUGAAAGAGAUGCUGGCCACUCUACUCAUCAUACGCCAGUUCCUUCAAAACGUUAAGGAGGUGCUGCAGCCUUACCUGUAUGAGCGUCACAAGCUGGGAGAGCUUACGCUGCGAGCCGUGUGGGACCUGCUGCUCUCAGUGCUGCUGAAAUACGCCCGGCUGGCAGCUGGAAAAGCCAUGGCAUCUCCCACUGACCAGACCAUGCCAGGACCCGGACUGAGGGGCACCAGGCCUGGAGUGGGGCAGCCAGAAAGAAGGGAAAAGAAGUGUCUGAACGGAGGAUGUGGAGUGCCUGAUGAGGAGGAGGGAGGUGAGAAGGACGAGGCUGACAGCGGGAGGUUCAGCGAAGGAGAGACGGAGGAGGAAAGUUUGAUCGACUGCGGCUUGAAGCUGAGGAAAGUGAGCUUCAUAGAGAAGGUGGAGAGGAAGGCGGCGUGCAGUGGGCCCCCUGUGGACAGCAGCUUUCUGGAGGAGGGAAGCCCCACCAUGGUGGAAAAGGGAAUGGACCCGGCCUCGGUGUUCGAAAUGUGCGACGACGACGACGACAACGACAACGGAAUUCAUGAUGUGAAGGACUCGAGCGGGGGCGGGGCUGAGGCUGCUAAUGCUGCCGCCGGUGCCGCCGCCGCCAGCCCGCUGCCUUCUGGAUCUGAGAGCAGCGCGUCGCUGCGUCACAGAAGAAGAGGCCGGAGCGCCGAGAGGGUCGAGCCGAAAACGAAAAGGGAAUCGUGGAUGGAUCCCCCAGAGGAGAGAGAGAGCACAACGCUCACUCAGGCGGAGAUGGAGAGCUGCAUGCAGACGUACUCAGACACUUUCCAAGACUACCAGGAGAUGUUUGUCCAGUUUGGCUACGUGGUGCUCUUCUCCUCUGCCUUUCCUCUGGCUGCCAUGUGCGCUCUCAUCAACAACAUCAUUGAGAUCCGCAGUGAUGCCUUUAAGCUCUGCACCGGCCUGCAGAGGCCUUUUGGAGUCCGUGUGGAGAGCAUCGGCCAGUGGCAGACUGCGAUGGAAGCCAUGGGCCUGAUUGCCAUCAUAGUGAACUGCUACCUGAUUGGUCAGUGUGGUCAGCUACAGCGUCUUUUUCCAUGGCUCAGCCCUGAGAUGGCCAUCAUCUCCAUCGUCAUCCUCGAGCACUUUGCCAUCCUGCUGAAAUACAUCAUCCAUGUGGCUAUUCCCGACAUUCCUACGUGGGUCAAAGAGGAGAUGGCUAAACUGGAUUACCAGCGCAGGGAGGCCUUUAAGAAGCACGAGCGGCAGGCGCAGCAGCAUUACCAGCAGCUGCAGAGGAGGAAGAGGGAGGAGGAGGAGAGGCAAAGGCAGGCAGAGCACAUGGCUCGCAGGGAGAGGGAGCGGGACGACAGCAAAGGCGACGUUUCGGGGGAUCACCACCACGACAAAGGUCACGGCAGCAAAUCACGUUCUGGGGGUGGAGGCGGAGGAGGGAGCGGUGGGUCGGACAAGCCCAAGAGGCCCAGCUCCCUGUUGGCCAAUAAUAAUGUGAUGAAGCUGAAGCAGAUCAUCCCGCUGCAGAGCAAGUUCUCCUCGGGUGGCGCCCGCUCCCCUCAGUCACCCACGGGCAGCGAGCCAAAACUGCCCGGCUUCUUGAGCUUCAAAUUCCUCAAGUCGCCUGAGAAUAAGAGGGAAGGUGCUGCGGCUUCUGCAGCCGCCGGUGCCACAUCCGCCAGCGCCACGGCGACAGCGGCGCCGUCAUCAUCGUCAUUAUCAGGUAGCAGCUCUCAGGAGCGUUCUCAGUCACCCAAUAAAGCCUUCAACCCCGGGAAAUUGUUUAACUUUGGGAAAUCCGAGGGAGGGACUUGCACGAACGGGGCUCCGCUGCCCAGGUCAGGAGAGGGGUCAUCAUCGCAGACGUCGGAAAGACAGCCUUCCCGGUCUGACUUGAAUGGCGUUCCAGACGAGAUCCCCUCACCCGGAGGGGAAGGCGCAGAGAACGGACAUUCGUCAGACUUGGACGCGGCUGGUUUUAAAAUCUAGAAAACGACGACAAAAAAAGCGCAACUUGUCUUUGGUUCCAUCUCACCUGAACAGGUGACGUGUUUACUGUGAGGAAGGCCUGACCUGCCCUCUGCGCUGUCACAGGCCGGUGUGGGAGUACUCGGAGCAGAAGCUGAUGAGACGAGACUGUUGUUCUGGUUUGCUUUUUUUGCUGCGAGACAAAAAAAUAAAUAAAAAAAAGAAAGAAACAAAAAAAACAGGCUUUGUAAGAAAGACGAAAGCCCUUCUAUCAUGACCGAACACACACACACACACACGCACACACACGCACACACACGCACACACACACACACACAAAUAUUCAAAUUCUUCCUUGUCUGCAAUACAUAAAGAAAUGCAUGAGCUGCGUUUCUAAUAUUUUUACGCCUUUAAAGCAGAGCUGUGUUUCCUGAUUUCUUCUUGUCAGAAAUUGUAAACAUCUCAGUGGCUUCACACCAACACGUGACAGUCUGUCGUGGAGGGGAGGAGUUUAAGGAAAAAAAAAGCUUACAUGGCGGUACGAACGGAUUAGAGAUUGAUAAUUACUGAGAGUGUUUUUAGCUGUCACCACACGAGCGAUCGUUAGAAAUCGGUCUCAUUUUUAAACUGCGACGAGUUGUUGGGCCCUUCGCUUUCGUACUGAAGCCGAAGAGUGGAAAAGCAAUAUGAGUCAGUGUUUUUGUUUUUUUUAUUAAGUGUCAAUCAUCGCAUAAGCCCCUCCUUAACAGUCGCCCCUGAUGUAUCACCAGCUUUAUUUUCAAAGCAGAGGUGAGGUCUGAGCUUUGCAGAAUCCGGUUUGCUCCAAUAGAAAGCGGCGAGCUUAGUAAGUCGUACAAAUCACAGUAUUUUGGAAGAGCGAGCGAUUUUCGAGGAAAAGGAGCAGAGAUGCCCGUUGCAUGCUGUUCUCCAUCCGAGCCCGUAGAGCGCCUCGUAAACACAGAUGGUGCCUCAUUCCACAAACUCCAGCUAGACUUGACAAACGAGCACAGAGUUAAAGAAGUAACAUUUGCACUAAAGCCUGACGCCCUGCAUAGAAACCACCUCGGCACAGAGGGCCCACACCAGCCUGCCUCAUCAUUAUGCAAAAAAUGCAUUUCUGUUCAUUUCCCCCUUUCACCUGGUGCAUGCUGUCGGCAGCAACGAGCUUUCAAAAUAUUCAUGUUUUCUUUUCUUCUUGAACAGCUGUUUUUAUUUGCAGAUGAUGGAAAUUCCCUUUUUUUUAACCAGUGCAGAACCUUUCAGAAUAUACUGUUAACCCAAGACGUACAGUACUCUAUCAAAGUUUUAGGCACUAAAAUAUGUGAGAAUACUUUGAAAGAUGUCAGUAAAUAGAAAAACCCUACAUUAGCGAGAGCAUCGUUUGACUACUUUUCCACAGUCGCUCAGUCAUUAUGAGAUCUUACCCAGAAUCCUUCUCUGGAGUCGGGUGUGUCUCUCUUCGUGUAUUUACUGGCUCACUUGAUGACAUCACCAUAAAGGUUCUGCAGGGACCAAUGCAUGUGUUGCAGGACUCCCUUUUCUCACUGAAGAUACAUUUUAGGUCAUCGUCAUUUUUCAAAAAGCAGGAUGGCAUCAUGUGAUUUACAAAAACAUACAAACUUCUCAGAGUGCCUAAAACUUUUUCACAGUACUGUACUUUGCAUAUUGUUUGCAUGAUCCAUGUAUUUUCAAUGAGCCCAGCAUGUACCCUUAGCUGGUAUUUCACUUCUGCGGGGUCUCCAGAAGGUGGCGCCAGUUUAUUCACAUAAAACGAUGACGUUAACCCGCUGGUUACUUAUGCACAGCAUCAGGCAGGAGUCACCAGUACACACCACAGGCAGCAAAAUUAAAGCAGUCUGACAAGUUUAUGAUGAUGUGAGACACUGAGAGAGGAUUCAGAGGCCGUCGCACUGUCGAGAUACGGAAACAUUAACUAUGCAUUUCCACACUUUCACCUCCGGCGAGGAUUUGGGCAAUAAUACAGCGUUGAAGUUGACGUGUAGUACUAAAGCUCGACACUAACCCCCCACCCAACCUCAAACCCCAAUUCCACCGCAUCAUCCUCACCCAGACUCUAUGCAUUUUCUUUCCCUUUAUGUUUUAGUGUCAGCUCUCUCAGAUCGCCUGUUUCCUAUUUAAUGUUAAGAACCUACCCUGACCUGCAUCGGCUUAACAGGUUUUUGUAUUCUGUUACAGCUUUAAUGUGCUAGUUUUAGAAGUCUGGUCCAUUUUUCGCUCACAUGCCUGCAGAAGAGACGAAAAAUGUUCUUUCCGGGAGGCAAAAAGUUCUUACUGACAUUAAAUGCAAUACCGAAAUAG